AUGGACAAUACCAUCUCAAACUAUCCAGUAGUUAUUAGAGGUCCUGGAAAGCUUAAAGUAUUUGUUCGAAUGGAAGUUUUUGACAAUCAGCUUUACAUAACAACUGGAUGGGAUCGGAUUAAGAAGAAAUUGUCAAUAACUGAUGAGCAUAUGCUUGUGUUUGAAAUGAUUGAUCUUCACAAUUUUGAUAUGUUCGUUUUCAAUUGUUCAAAGAAUGCUGAUUUAGUGUUGCCGCCGGAAUUAUAUGCUGCUGCUGUUAAGGAAGAAAUUGAAGAAGACGUUAUUAGUAUUUCUGAUGCUGAAGAUGUGGAUGAGGUUAGUAAUCGCACAGAAGCUAAUAUGCUCCCUGUAGCCAGGAAUGAGGAAACUAUUCCAAUAGUUUUCCGUGUGGACAAUCAUUUUCGCAUUAAAAAACAUCUUGCUAAAAAAAUUGGCUUGGAUAGGAAGAGGUGUUUAAAGAUUGUAGAUGCUGAAGGUAAUGUUUGGGAUGUUCAAGUGGGAAUCGAGGCUCCGGAUGGUCGGUUUUACAUAAAAAACAUGAAGAAUUUUGUGAAGGACAAAAAGAUGGUUCCUCGUGAAGAAUUUACCCUUAAGUUCGUGAUGGGUAAAGGUAUUUUCUUGUUUGACUGAAUGCUUGUAUGGCUGUUGGAGUUGAUGUUAUGAUGUAUGGAAACAAUGUUUUUUGUAUAUGGUUUU